ACCAAUUUAGCCCCACUACCAAAUUCCUUUAAAUAAUCUACACAAUAAAACGUAUUAUUUUAAACUCGGUACUUUUUGUAAUUAAUAAAUUUAAGAAGGAAAGUUACUCAAUACGUAACAUUCUUUUUCAAAUCUCUGACAGUGUCAGAAGUUACGGCAUAACAUUCCCACAUAACCUCACUUUUCAGCAAGUAUAAACAAUGAAUAAUUUGGAAAUCCCGGCCGAUUCGGCCCCCGAAUUCACCUCAACCAACGAGACUAGUCUUCUGGUGAUAAUUGUGGAUAGUAACCCCAGCCAGAAAAUGCUCCGAGACAACCCCCACGUCCUCACCCACUGCAUCGACUCAGUCAUAGCUUUCGCCAAUUCCCAUUUAAUGCAAAAGGCCCAGAACAAGCUCGCCGUCAUGGCUUGCCACUCCAGAACCAGCGAGUUUAUAUACCCGGGCCCCCACAAGCCCCUCGACGUGCGCCAGAUCGACGGCCAGUACGAGGUUUUCACGGCAGUGGAGAAAACAAUCAAGCAAAACUUGGCCAAACUUUUGGCCACCGAAAAGUCAACUCUUGUGACUGAGUCGCUCCUCGCGGGGGCUAUCGCCAUGGCGCUGUGUUACAUCGCGAGGAUCCAGCGCACGAAGCCCCCCGGGUGUGUGCUAAACAGCCGGAUUUUGGUCGUGACGGGGAGCGGCGACUCCGCCUCCCAAUACAUGAAUUACAUGAAUGUUUUUUUCACAGCACAAAAACAAGGGAUUGUCAUUGAUGUGUGCGCCCUUGACCAACAUUUGAGUCUCCUGCAGCAAGGCUGCGACAUCACAGGGGGGCUGUAUUUGAAGGUCCCCCAACUUCAAGGCCUUUUGCAGUACCUUCUGUGGGUGUUUUUGCCGGAGCCCCCCAUUAGGCAAAAGCUGGUGUUGCCGCCCCCCGUCAAGGUUGACUACAGGGCGGCUUGUUUCUGCCACCGCGAGUUGAUUGAUAUAGGUUAUGUGUGCUCAGUUUGUCUGUCAAUUUUCUGCAAAUUUAGCCCGAUUUGUACGACUUGUCAUACUGUUUUCAAAAUCCCGGGGCCGUUAGCAGUGAAGCCGAAAAAGAGGAAAAUCAAGUUGUAGUUUAUUUUGUAUUUUUUUUUUCAAAGUUAGGUGUUUUAUUAAUUAUUAUCCUUGAUAGUGAUCAGUGCGCAUUGUUUUGUUGACUUGAUUGGAAUGAGGUCGAGCGGGUCUGAUAUAAAUAGCUCCGAGGUCAUUUCUUGCUCUUUAUUUACAAUAUAUCAUCGUAGUCA